AUGGCCUACGCCAAUGACCCGAUGAUGGCCAUGGCCGAGGAGGAGGAGGAAGAGGUGUACGGAGAGGACAACACCGUCACCGCCGAGGACUGCUGGACCGUCAUCCAUUCCUUCUUCGAGACCAAGGGCCUGGUUUCACAGCAGCUGGAUUCCUUUGAUGAAUUCGCCAGCACCACAAUGCAGCAGAUUGUCGACGACCAGCCCGCCAUUGUCAUCGAUCAGAACAUCACUGCCAUGGACGAGGACAGCGGGAUGCCCAUCGUCAAAAAGCGAUCCAGCAUCAAACUCGGCACCCUCACCGUCAGCCAGGCCGCCAUGACCGAGGGUGAUGGCAGCACCCGCGCCUUACAUCCCCACGAGGCUCGCUUGCGAAAUCUGACCUACUCUUCACCCAUGUUUAUUAAACUGCACAAGAAGGUUGAGUUUGCGCGCGAGCGAGCUCUCGGUGGGCACGAGGAAGACGGCGUGUGGGUUCCGCCUCCAAACUGGGAUGGAAUUGUCGAGACGGUGUGGGAGGAGGACCCGGACAACCCUCCGCAAACAAUCGAUCAAGUCUUCAUCGGCAAGCUGCCCGUCAUGCUCAAGUCGAAGAUCUGUGCGCUGCGAAAUCGAAGUGAAGCCGAGCUAUACGCAUUCCAGGAGUGUCCGUUAGAUCAAGGCGGCUACUUUAUCAUCAACGGUAGCGAAAAGGUCCUCAUUGCACAGGAGCGCAGUGCUGCAAACAUCGUCCAGGUAUUCAAGAAGAAGGGCACCAACACACCCGUCAUUGCGGAGCUGCGCAGUGCUGUCGAGCGAGGCACGCGCUUGAUCAGUUCCACCACGGUAAAGCUCUACAAUCAGGCGGUCAACGCCAACAACCCCGGUCAAACAAUCAAAGGCAGUCUGCCAUACAUCAAGACCGACAUCCCCAUCGCCAUCAUAUUCCGAGCGCUGGGCGUUGUGUCGGAUGAGGACAUUCUGAAUCACAUUGUGAACAAAGAGGAUACCCAAAUGCUGGAGAUGCUCAAACCGUGUUUGGAGGAGGCUUUCGUGGUGCAGGAUCGGGACAACGCUCUUGAUUUCAUCGGCCGCAGAGGGCAGCAAACUGGUACUAAGGACCGCCGAAUCCGAUACGCGAGGGACAUUAUGCAAAAGGAGUUUCUGCCUCACAUUUCUCAAGAAGAGGGCAGUGAGACGAAAAAAGCAUUCUUCUUGGGAUACAUGGUGAACCGCAUGCUGCAGUGUGCUCUGGGUCGCACGGAAGAGGACGAUCGAGAUCAUUUCGGUAAGAAGCGACUGGAUCUUGCCGGUCCACUGAUGGCCCAGGUCUUCCGUUUGAAGUUCGUGCAGCUGGUGAAGGAGAUGAAGCUGUACCUCCUCCGCUGUGUCGAUGGAGGAAAGGACUUCAACAUCACCCUCGCGAUCAAAACGAACAUUCUCACCUCUGGUCUGCGAUACUGUCUUGCCACGGGUAAUUGGGGUGAUCAAAAGAAAGCCUCCAGCGCCAAAGCUGGUGUCAGUCAAGUGCUGAACCGAUAUACCUACGCCUCCACACUUUCCCAUUUGCGGAGAACAAACACACCCAUCGGUCGUGAUGGCAAGAUUGCCAAGCCGCGACAACUUCACAACACCCAUUGGGGUCUCGUGUGUCCGGCAGAAACGCCGGAAGGACAGGCUUGUGGGUUGGUGAAGAACUUGUCGCUCAUGUGCUACGUCUCGGUGGGAACACCUGGCGAGCCAUUGACAGACUUUAUGCGACAGCGCGGCAUGGACCUGUUGGAAGAAUACGAUCCCGUUUUGGAGCCCAAGUCGACCAAGGUCUUCAUCAACGGUACUUGGGUUGGUGUGCACAAGAACGCUGGACAACUCACCGAAACUCUGCGAUCGCUACGAAGAAAAGGCCUGCUCAGUUUCGAGGUCACCAUCAUUCGUGACGUUCGAGAACGCGAGAUUCGAGUCUUCACCGAUGCUGGGCGUGUUUGUCGGCCGCUGUUUGUGGUCGACAACAAACCCGACUCGGCAGAUCGCGGCAGUCUGGUGUUGAAGCAAGAUCAGAUUGCAAAGCUGCAUGAARACGAGGCGGCAGCGGCUUCCCUCCGUGGUAUUAGUGAAGAGGACAGGGCCGAACAUACCUACGGCUGGAUGGGUUUGGUCCGCGAUGGUGUGGUGGAGUACCUCGAUGCGGAAGAAGAAGAGACCGCCAUGAUCAUCAUGACUCCCGAGGAUCUUGACGAGCACAGAGCGCUUCGCUCGGGCGCAGAGUACGAUGACCCGAAAUCCGAUCCGCAUCGACGUAUCAAGCCCAAGCCCAAUAUGCAGGUUCACACGUGGACCCAUUGCGAGAUUCAUCCUGCCAUGAUUCUGGGCAUCUGCGCCAGUAUCAUUCYCUUCCCUGAUCACAACCAAUCCCCACGUAACACUUAUCAAUCCGCUAUGGGUAAGCAAGCCAUGGGUGUAACGCUCACCAACUACAACGUUCGCAUGGACACCAUGGCCAACGUGCUAUAUUACCCACAAAAGCCACUUGCCACAACAAGAAGUAUGGAGUUCUUAAAAUUCCGAGACCUCCCCGCAGGUCAAAACGCCAUCGUCGCCAUUUCAUGUUAUUCUGGCUACAACCAGGAAGAUUCCGUCAUCAURAACCAGAGCAGUAUCGAUCGUGGUCUGUUCCGUUCCCUCUUCUACCGAGCAUACAUGGACCAGGAGAAGCGUGUCGGCAUGAGCGUUGUUGAAUCCUUCGAGUGCCCCACUAGGACUGACACGAUGAAGAUGAAGCAAGGCAGCUAUGACAAGCUCGAUAAUGAUGGAAUCGUCUCUCCUGGCUGCCGUGUUUCGGGUGGAGACAUGCUGAUUGGAAAGACUGCGCCCAUGGCACCUGAUGCGGAAGAGCUCGGCAUGAGGACCAAGAUGCAGUCGAAGCGUGAUGUCAGCACGUCUUUGAGAUCUACCGAGAACGGUGUUGUGGAUCAGGUCCUCCUCACCACCAACACCGARGGUCUACGAUUCGCCAAAGUCCGGACAAGGGUUACAAAGGUGCCACAGAUUGGUGACAAGUUUGCCUCUCGUCACGGACAAAAGGGUACCAUUGGUAUCACCUAUCGUCAAGAGGACAUGCCUUUCUCCGCCGACGGUCUCACUCCGGACAUCAUCAUCAACCCUCACGCCAUUCCCUCCCGUAUGACAAUCGCCCAUUUGAUCGAGUGUCUUUUAUCGAAAGUUGGCGCUCUCCAAGGUCAGGAAGGUGACGCAACGCCUUUUACCGAUGUCACCGUGACAUCCAUCUCGGAGAUUCUGGCAGACCACGGUUUCCAACAGCGCGGCUUCGAGGUAAUGUACAACGGUCACACGGGUAAGAAGCUCAACGCACAAGUCUUCCUCGGACCCACCUAUUACCAACGUCUCCGACACAUGGUCGACGACAAGAUUCACGCGCGUGCCCGUGGUCCCCUGCAAGUUCUCACCCGCCAACCUGUCGAAGGUCGUGCUCGAGAUGGUGGUCUUCGAUUCGGAGAAAUGGAGCGCGACUGUAUGAUUGCACACGGCGCUUCCGCUUUCCUGAAAGAACGAUUGCUGGACGUCAGUGACGCCUUCCGGGUGCACAUUUGUGAGAUUUGCGGCUUGAUGACGCCCAUUGCGAGUAUCAAGAAACAGCAAUUCGAGUGUCGUCCGUGCCGGAACAAGACGAAGAUUGCGCAGAUUAUCAUUCCUUAUGCGGCGAAAUUGCUGUUCCAGKAGUUGGCUGCCAUGAAUGUUGCUACGAGAAUGUUUACCACGAGGAGUGGGAUUAGCAUUAGAUGA